UAUUAGAAGUUUAACUUAAUAAAAGUCGAUUGUUGUUUGAACAUUGGUUAAAUGUGUCAGUGAAAUAUUGUGAAAUUGAACGUAGACUUGAGAUUUCGUAUGCGUAAAUACAUAAUGUCCGAUUAUCGUUGUAAGAGUUUCUUGAAAACGAAGGCACACACACGCAAAACUUAUAUCAAAUAAUAUUGUUAGUACUUACAAAUCGUAAUUUACAAUCGCGGAUAUUGACAGUAAUAAUGACAAUGGGCAUGAAAUUGGCUUCCUUCGUAUUUAUGCUUACUAUAGUGUUGCUGGAACCAAAACUAAAUGUCCAUGGACAGUCGAUAUCCAUUCCGAAAUUAAUACUCAACUAUAUGUUUCCUAAGGAUCCUCAUAUAGUGAGAGUAAGAAAGCCAGAAGACAUUAGAACAACAAUCAAUAAUGUAACUACAUUGAAUUUUUUCGGUAUGGUAGAGAAAUAUGGUUACACCGCUGAGGAACAUUACGUUACAACGGAAGAUGGUUAUAAUUUGGUGAUACAUAGAAUAACAGGAAGUCCUCUAUUUAAAGGUCAGCAGACAGGAAAAGUUGUGUUUCUUCAAACUGGUCUCUUUGGCACAUCGGAUUGUUGGGUCUUGAUAGGUGCUGGCAAAGAUCUUGCAUUUUUAUUAGCUGAUAAAGGAUAUGAUGUAUGGCUUGGAAAUGUCAGAGGAAGUUCUUAUUGCAGAUCACAUGUAAAAUUAUCUCCACGAAAUAAAGAGUUUUGGCAAUUUAGCUAUCACGAGGUAGGAAUAAUAGACCUACCGGCUAUGAUCGAUUAUGUACUUGAUUAUACAAAACAAAAAAAUCUGCAUUUUGUCGGUAUUUCGAUGGGAACUACUGUAUUAUUCACUUUAUUGUCUAUAAAACCCGAAUACAAUGCAAAAAUAAAAUUGGCAGUCUGCCUUGCUCCGAUCGCCUUUUGGACUGAAGUAUCUCCUAUGAUGCAGUCUGGUAUUAAUAUGGUACGCAGUAUUACAAAUUUGCAGGAAAUUUUAGAUUUCACUGAAAUAUUUGAAGUACUCCCCUUAACAUCAACAAACAUUAUGUUGGGAAGAACACUGUGUGCAGACAACACAAUUACUCAGGUUAUUUGUGUUGCAUCAGUGUUUCUGGCGUCUGGAGCUAAUCCAUCGCAAUUAAAUACUACACUAUUUCCGGAAAUAUUAUCGAAUUAUCCGGCUGGCAGUUCCGUGCAAACAUUAUUUCAUUAUAACCAAAAUAUUAUUACAAAGAAAUUUCAAGCUUAUGACUAUGGAUACAUCGGCAAUUACAAGCAUUAUAAACAGGCCACACCCAUAACGUAUGAUGUUGAAAAAAUUACUGCACCUGUAGCUAUAUUUUACGGCGGUAACGAUUUGCUUGCCUUAAAAUCGACUGUCUUCGAAUUGUAUAAGCGUCUGCCGAAUGUUGUCCUACUGGAGGAACAAAAAUCAUUUACACAUUUGGAUUUUAUAAUAGCCAUAAAUGUUAAUACUUUAGUAUACAGUCGUGUAAUAGAACUAUUUCAGGAGUUUGAUAAUAAGGCAUAGAAUCGGUAAUGAAUCAAUCUGUCUAAUAUUUCUUCGUUAAAAGAUUAUUUAAAAAACGUAUUAUAUAAAAAAAAA